GCCACAAGACCGAAUUUGGCUUGCCAUAAUUUAUCCAAGCAGCCGAUGGGCAAAUCGAUCACGCAUAUGCUUCGUGCACAGAUCGCCGAGUAUAGCGGUACCGUAGCAUACCGGCCGCCGCCCGAUAGGCCGACGCGACAGCACGGUACGUACCGUAUACGUACCGGUAGUACAUGUAGACUAGACUAGCUAGCUGAAUCGAGCUCGAGUAUAGUGGAUCCGACUGCCGAUGCCGAGAUUGAGAGUUAUGAUUUCCGAAGUUACCUGGUACUGGUGAAAGGUUUCUCUCUGCAAGAACUGGGUGAGGGUUCACUAUAUGUAGUCCAUCAUGGAGAUUUUAAUAUCUACAGCAUUGGUCCUUGUCUUCUUGUACUUCUUCCUCUUCAAAGUAUUGAAGCUGCUUGAUCAGCCCGCUGCUGCUACCCUGCAUUACAGGGAUAGCAAGUACAACCGCAGCAUCAUCUCAUUGUGUUCCAUCCUCACAAAACCAUAUGUGCCUAACCGGUUGUGGGGUCAUAAUGCACACAUUCAGAGCUUCAUCUAUGCUAAAAUCGGUCGAUUCAAUGCACCGUAUCCGAAGGGGAAGCGUAUCAAUAUACCUCGGCCAGAUGGGGCUACCUUUACUUUUGAUAUUUUUGAGCCAUCCAGUCCCCAUCCUCAAGGUGCUGAUGUCACGCUGUGUGUAUGUCCUGGUAUAGCCAACCAUUCUGAGAAGGCCUACGUGCGUACCUUCAUCCAUUACGCCAUGUCACAGGGCUUCCGUGUGGCCGUCCUCAACCACCUAGGUGCCCUUCCUUCAGUUCCACUCACCUCACCAAGAAUUUUCACCUAUGGAGAGACUGGAGAAUAUGCUGCCAUGGUGGACUACAUCAAGGAACACUUUACAUCAAGUAAAUUUGUAUCAAUAGGAUUCAGCAUGGGAGCUAAUAUUGUCAUCAAGUACAUGGGAGAAGAACCUUCAAGGCAACAUGACUUCAUGUGUUGUAUCUCAAUCUGUCAGGGAUAUGAUGUCACUUUAGCUGCAAAAGUUUUACAUGAGUGGGAUAGCAUGCGCCGCUUUUACAAUUUCAUGAUGACCCUUAACAUGCGACGUCAGCUGCGCCAAAACUUUGAUAUGCUCUUUGGUGAAGGUGCCCAGACGUACUGGAAGAAUCGCAGUGAACCUCCCCCAUGCUACGAUGUCAAGAAGGUGUUCCGUUCUACCAGUUUGGUCCACUUGGAUGAAGAGAUGACGAGGAAAAUGUGUCGCUAUAACAGUCUUUCAGAUUUCUAUGAGUCGUGUAGUUCUUCCCCACAUAUGUUUAAGAUUAAAAUCCCCCUGCUGCUGCUGAAUGCUGAUGACGAUGCCCUCAUCCCAGUAACUCAGAAUUGGACCCCCAUGGAGAUCAGCCAGAAGUCUAACUGUGCCAUCUAUGCUGUGACCAAGCAUGGCGGCCAUCUUGGAUUCUUUGAAGGGGGCUUCUUGAAGGCCAACACUGUGUCGUGGCUGGACCGCAUGCUGAUACAGUACGUUGAUGGGACCCUGGAACUCAACAAGACCUUACAUAGCAACGGAGAGGUCCACUGCAAUGGGGAAGUAACAAGUUAACGUUUCCUUCUUCUGAAGUGUGAUUGUACUAAUUAUAUGAAAGUGUGUUUGUUGUGCACAAAGCAAAUGAUAUGAAAAGUAAUAUUAUAUCCAAGAAGCCUCCUCUUUUUACUUUUUUCUUUUUUCUUUUGUGGUUACUUUGUAUAUGAUAAUUUUAUUCAUGGGGUCUGUGGGAUUAUGGGUCAAUAUUGACAUGUAUACUGAAGCUGACACUUCAAGAGAGCUUCUAGUUCAAGACAAUGAAUAUUGCAGAAAAUGUAAGAUACUUACACUUGAUCUUAAGAACAAAUGUCAACUUAUAUGAACUGAUUGGUUUUCAUAGCCAAAUUUCAAAAAAUAUGUUUGGUAAGGCAAUGUGCCCUGUAGUAUCUCCUGACUACCACAAACUCUUGAAUAAUUCACAAGCCAAAGUUUACAUAAUUCAUAGCUUGAUGACUGAAGUAAUGCAUCAUAUGAGUAUUGAUGUAGAUUGACUGACCAACCAUGAAUGUUGAUAUCCUAACAUCCAUAUUAAUCAGGGUUGCAUUAGAAGACCAAGUUCAUUUAUUUCUGGAUGGAAACUUUACUCCACAAUAUGCGUGUAAAGUAAAAAACAUAUUUGACAGAGCUUUAUGAAUUUGUCGUUUUUGUAUACCGAUAUUUAAUUUUCUGUCAUCCCAGUAAUGCUAUUUGGUGAAUGGUUUAAGGAAAAUAAGGAAAAGUAGUCAGAAUACCUCACUACACUCUGUUCUGUAUAUUUGAUUAAUAAUUGUUCAUUUGUAUUGAAAUGCAUUUGAUAUUCUCUUUCAAAAGGAAGCUCUCUGAAAAUACUAUGUGGUAAUACUUGACCUGUAUGCUUUCAUUGCUCAAGGGAUUCCACUAAUAUUGAUCAUGUAAUUUUUACAAGAAUAUACAAGGUGUAGGCAUGUAGUCACUACAAGAAAUAUAUAGUUUGAUUUGUAUAAGAUAACAAAAUAUUGGAAACAGAUAAUGCAUUAUUAGUUGCCUAUAAAUGCUGUAUUUGUAUAUAUAUAAUUAUAGGUUAUAUGUAGGUACAUUUGAGUUUAUGAUUCAACCACAUUUUUUCCUAUUUGAGGUAUGUACUUACAGGAUUGGAGGCAGGAAGAGAAGGAAUAGUUCCAUUGUAUAGUUUGAUUGAUAUCAUGAGGAAACAGCUGAAGGAGAGAUGUUUGAAUCACUUGAGUAGUGUUUCAUAAAGCUGUUCGAAUAGUUACAUACAACUUUACGCAUGACUAGAAAAGUGUGAAUUCAGCUACAUUGGGAUAUUUUAAGAAGGGGCCUCCAGUAAUUUGUUAAGUUAUGAACAGCUUUGUGAAACGGCCCCAGGUCUACAUGGAGCAGCACACGUGGAGAAGGCAUAUGUGAUAAAACAGACUUUGAAUGAAUCUAUCCAUUCAUUAACCAGCAGCAGUUAGUAUCGCGCAACAUAGUUAUCAAAGACAUGGACAAGCUAAAGAAUUUUUUUCUAUUUAAUUCUUUUCAUGAACUUAUGAAAUGAAAGAAAAGAUUUUGUUUUCUUCCAGUUAUUUUUCCCUUUGCUACAAGCCCAAACUAAAUUAGUCAUAGUACUAACUGUUCCUGAUGAUAUAAAAUAUACAACCUUUCUUCCAUUCAAGCAUCUGUGAGUCCAUGGCACACUGUGUCCAAAUGGGAAAAAAACAACUCCCAACAAUUAAUUGUGAAUAUUGAAACAUAUUUGUUUAUGAUGCACUCUCCAAGAGAUUUAAACGCACUAUCAUACCGUUCCAUGCAAGCCUUGCAUGUGACUUGCGGGUGACUAUCUUUGCUACCUGCAGGUCGCCCGCAUUGACACACGUAUCUCAUGUGCACUUUGCCCUCAGAGGAACAUGCAGGACUGCACGUCUGCAUUUGCACGCAGAAAAGUUUUGAACAUGCUCAAAACUUUGUUGCGAGUAGGGGCUUGACUGAUAUAUACUAUUGAUUGUAACAUUUGUACAUGAUCUGCCAUGCACUACAGGGGCCCGUCUUUUCCAAAGAGUUAAGAUUGAUCCAAUCAAUCGUAUCUCUAUGGAAAUCCAUCAGUGUCAUAAUUUUUUCAAAUGAAAAUUUGCAAAAUGUCCUUUGAAAACAAAGAACACACCAAAUUGUCAAGAAAUCGAUGAAUAUAUGAAAGAAUAUACAUCAUAUCUAGAAUUUUUUUUGAACAAACAUGCUUUUUUGUAUGUUGACGUUGCUGGCUUUCCAUAGUUGCGAUUGAUCAGAUCAAUCACAACUCUUUGUAAGAUGGGCCCCAGAUAUCCUUGAUUGUACAAUUUGUUGUAUCUCUUGCUUCAAGCCCCUUAAACACAAGGCUUUAAUAGGGAUUACCGGUAAUUUUUCAUAGUGAUCAAUGCAAUCACUGGUAAACAUUCUUGUUAAUCCUAUGAUCGAUUGCAAAGCUUUGUGCUAAUAGUCCCUUGAGUUGGAUCUUAACUGGAACCUCUUUUAGAAAGUGCAAUACUGCCAGAGAAAAAAAAGUGAUAUGUAUAUUUUGAAAAUACGUCUAUGAAAUAUUCCAAGCCGGUAUUCUGAAAACUUUCUUAUAUCAAAUACGUCCUUAUCUACAUCAUAAUCUCAAACUGAUAUUCUGAAAACAUUUUUUUUAAAUCUUUUCUCUCCUACAACCUAUGCCGAGUGCAUAAAUUUAUAGCUUCUCAUAUAAUUCCAUCGUGCGCUAAAUAGAUAGAACAUAAUGCAUGUGGUAUUCUGAAUUUCGCACAAUUAUUUAGUUACACCAGUAAUUAGUAAAUGGGCAAUGCCCAAAAUAUUUACUCGACAUAAGGAACGAUCCUUUUGGUUAAAAUGCCAAUGAAAAGUGCAUUUUGAUUGGUAAUGUCUAAAAGAAACAGGCGUGUUGGAGAUGAGAAAGAGGCAGUCCUUAGUCUUACAGAGGUAAGAACGAUUCAAGAAGAUUUUCAGAAAACCGAUUUGCAAUGAUUUGAGUGUCUUCCUAUCUCAGUGAGAUAAGAACAGAGAUAAAAAUGUUUUCAGCAUUCCACCCCAGAUUUCUUUCUGAUGUGGCAGAUAUAUCUUGAAAAAGAGGAAGAAGCAAAACAACUCUGUGCUCGUAAAAUGUAUUUUACUUUCUAAAUAAAGUAUCCAUAAUGCGAUGUUGUGAGUGAUAUUGUAGGUUGAUUAUUGAUAAUAUACAGUAUAUAUUUAUUUUCCUUCCCAUUUUAGAUAUAAUAUUACCACACGGCGUAUUUACUAGUCACUAUUUCAGGAGUCUUAUCAUAUCUAUGAACAUUUAUAUCAUGACUGGUGUGGCUAUAGGCAUUCAUGCUACUGUAUACUGCAAGAUUACCACCCCCCCCCCCUUGGAUAUUUACAUGUAUGUGAUAUCAAAGUGAAUUUUGUGAAUACUUGAUGUACAUAUUUCUGUUUCAUCCAAUGAUGAAGUGGUUAUGUAUUUCAGUAUAAACAAUUUUUUACCCUUCAUAGAAUGCUCUUUGCUGCCAAGAGAAAAUGACUGUAUAAAUAUGUCUUAUCAUUGAAUGUUUAAUGGUGUGAUUUUUGUUAUAUUGAUGUUGAUGUUGAUUGGAAUGAAACAUCAUUAUUCUUUUUUAAUCAUCAUUUCCCUUCUCCUUACCUUGCUGUAUAUUCACUGUAUAUUUUGAAGUGAUAUCACCACUACCUCUCGCAAUGUAAUUAUAAUCAGUCAGCCAUCUAAAACAGGCAUUGGGCCAUGUGUCUUAAAACAUGUUUUUCAUGGCAAGUUACAAACUACUGUUCAAAGCUACUGAAAUUCUGCAGUUGUAUGGACAAAGAACAAAUAUGUCACACAAUUCUAUGAUUUAGUGUAAUAAACAUGUUUUAUGAAACAAAGGCUAGUUGCCUAGUUCCCUUUUGUGAGUAAACAUUAUUCACAGAUAUGUUUGGUAUGAUUGGGAUAAUAUAUAAAGGUACACUUUAUUAUUUUCAUAAAUUUAGGAUAAUUUAGUCUCUUGGUUGUAAACUUGCAGCCAUAUGAGUGUUAUAUAUUUACAUGUAUAUAUAUAUUUUUUUACUUUCCCAUUUUGUAUGGUAUUUGAUUUGAUAUCAUGUUUGUUUGGAUCUUUCUUGUGAGCUUCUAAAGUGUGGAAAUAAUUGCUCAGGGUGGUCUUAAUUUCUGGAUUAUUUGAUUGCUUGCACAGAUGAGCAAGAAAACAAAAUUUGCCCUGGCAAUUACUUCUCCUUCCUCACUGUUUCAAAGGAAGUGUACUACUAAAUUUGGGGUGAAGGUUAUUGAUUUUUUUUAUUAUUCUUAAUGGUUUAUGUUUUUCUAAUUUUUUGCUAUAAAAAAUUGAAGUUAUUUUAUGUUGCACCUGUGACCUGUCAGUCAUGUAAAAAUUAGAAAGAAGUUCUUAAGAAUACACCAAUUGGGGUUAUUCACUCACAAUUGAAAAAGAUUCCUAAAAGCUGUAGACCAAUCUUUUGUUCAGAUCUCCUUCUCCUGCUCUUUAAGUCCACUCGCUGACUUAAGCCAGCUUUUUCUCAUCUCUUCAUCUACUCAAGCCUCUCAACUUUUCUGCUUUACAGUUCUUUCAAGGACAACUACACUCAUUUUCAGGAAAUAAUACUGUUUUCACAUUCCAACCUUCCUCUUUCUCACAUCUCUACUUCACUUCUACCUUUAUCCAAUUUCCUUAGUCCUUCUACAACUCCCCACAUGGUGUACCAUAAACCACUUCCACAUCUUAUUUUCUUUUUUAAGACUGAUUUUGACUGUUAGUAAACUACCAUCUGCACUUCUUAGGUUAUUACUAUUUUUUCUUUUACUGGUACAGUUGUAGCACUAAUGUUUGAAAUAGACAGCAUGCAAUAUCAGUAUCAUGUUUGAAUAUUAUUUAUUGCUGCAUAUUUGCAUUUUGACUAGCAGAUGCAGUCCUUUUGUAUACUUUAUAAGAUGCAAUUGUGCUUUCAUAUCCAUCUUUAAUAUUUUCCUAUGUGGAGUUUUUGUCUCGCCUGCAAAGCAGAGCGAGACUAUAGGCGCUGCUUUUCCGGCGGCGGCGGCGUCAACAUCAAAUCUUAACCUAAGGUUAAGUUUUUGAAAUGACAUCAUAACUUAGAAAGUAUAUGGACCUAGUUCAUGAAACUUGGACAUAAGGUUAAUCAAAUAUUACUGAACAUCCUGCCUGAGUUUCAGGUCACAUGACCAAGGUCAAAGGUAAUUUAGGGUCAAUGAACUUAGACCAUGUUGGGAGAAUUAUUUUCAAAAUCUUAACCGAAGGUUAAGUUUUUGAAAUGACAUCAUAACUUAGAAAGUAUAUGGACCUAGUUCAUGAAACUUGGGCAUAAGGUUAAUCAAGUAUUAGUAAACAUCCUGCUCGAGUUUCAGGUCACGUGACCAAGGUCAAAGGUCAUUUAGGGUCAAUGAACUUUGGUCAAGUUGGGGGUAUUUGUUGAAUUACUAUCAUAACUUUGAAAAUUUAUGGAUCUAGUUCAUGAAACUUGGACAUAAGGUUAAUCAAGUAUGAGUGAACAUCCUGCCUGAGUUUCAGGUCACAUGACCAAGGUCAAAGGUCAUUUAGGGUCAAUGAACUUUGGCCAAGUUGGGGGUAUUUUUUGAAUUACCAUCAUAACUUUGAAAAUUUAUGGAUCUAGUUCAUGAAACUUGGACAUUAGUUUAAUCAAGUACCACUGAAUAUCCUGUGCGAGUUUCAGGUCACAUGGCCAUGGUCAAUGGUCAUUUAAGGUCAAUGAACUUUGGCCGUGUUGGGGGUAUUUGUUA